AAAAAAAGAGAGAAAAUCGAAAUUCGAAAGGAGAGAAGAAAAAAAUAAAAACGAAAACAAAAAGGAAAAUCUUGUCGCAGCCUUUUUGCAUUCUGUUCGACAGUCGUGUUGGUCGCCAUCCUGCACCUUGCCGGCGAACCCGCCGUCCCGCAGUUUGUCGGCGGGGCGUCCUCUUCGGUCUUCUGUCCAUCUCCCUUCCCCGCCUUACCCUAACCUGCCAAGAGCCUCCCUCGUCCUCGCUAUUUCUGUCUCCGACCCACUUCACCGCACUUCUUGCGACUGCCCAGCUCCCUAAUCUCGGAGCUAGCUAGCUUCAUGAUGGAGACUCUGGCGCUAUGGGCACCUCCUUGUUCAUCUGCUCCUUCCGCGAUGAGAUUGAGAGCAGCUGCAUGGGACACACAGCCGAGGCUUCCCUACAACCCCAAUGCCCCCAGGAAGCCCCCCAAACUCCUCAAUGUUGGAUCCCCUAGUAAGGCGUCACCAGUAGUCACCUUAAAUGUGUCACCCCCUCGUAUGGAGACACCCGUAUUGGAGCUCCUCAAGCGCCACCAUCAGCAGUCAACAGGUAAAGCACAAGGUAAUUCAGAUGAAACAUAUAUGGGAUAUGAGCGGUGGUUGCCCAGUCCACCUAAGGUGGAGAAACCUCGAUCGGUGUACAAUGCGGCAUCACUGGCAUAUAUUGGUGAUUGCAUCUAUGAGUUGUAUGCCCGCAGGCACUUCUUGUUUCCUCCGCUCAACAUAGAUGAUUAUAACGAUCGCGUGAUGUCAGUGGUACGUUGUGAGGCUCAGGAUGAACUACUUCAGACACUGCUCGCUGACAAUUACUUAUCAGCUGAGGAGAGGGAUAUUCUGAAGUGGGGGAAGAAUGUAACUACGUCGAAGUCACGAACCAAAAGGCGUGCUGGUGUUGCAGUUUAUAACAGAGCAUCGUCAUUGGAAACUCUGAUUGGUUAUUUGUACCUGAAAAAUGUGAAACGCCUUGAAGAUAUCAUGUUGAAGUUGGGAUUUUCUAGUGGUGCUUCCAUGGAUUCAAUUCUUAAAGAUUCAAAUGGUGGCCAAGCUGUUUAAAAAGCAGAUGGUGUAGUAGUGGUGGUGUAGUAGUGAUAAUGAUGCGGCAGGGGUAGCGGCAGAUUGGUACUUGGAGAAAAAUAGGUUAUGAUGACUAUAUUUCAAGGGAAACGGCAUCCAGAGCAAAACUCACCGCUAUGUCGUGAUUUUUCGAUAUUUGAGGCAAAUUCCAUCGUUUAGGGUCUCAAACGAGCAUUUUAUCGUUAUUUGGCUGUUUUUGCAAUUUUAGGAAAUUUUAUUUCUUUUUUUGCAAUUUAGGUUUUUUUUAAUUCCUAUUUAAGCUUUGUAAGCCCUAGGGUUAAAACAGUUGUCUUUCGAUCAGUGAAUAAAAUUUAGAGCUUUCGUGCUAUUUGCCCAA